AUGGAUUCACCUAGUCGUGUUCUCUUUACAUGGCAUACACCUAAAUGUAUCGUUGUUGGCUUGGUUACAACCGAAGUGUAUAACAGCUCUGUCAGCAAGUCACCCUUCAACUUUGAACCAUUUAAUCUGAAGAAUAUUUAUCUGACAAUCAAUAACCGCAUAAUUCCGACCAGAUCAUACAAUUUGGAUUGGGAGUCGUCUUAUGCGACAGCUUACGUUGAUAUGCUAGAAGGUCUUGGAAUUGCCCACUCGGAUACGUCUAAUGGAAUUCCCCCUGAAAUGUAUAAGAAUGAAUUUGCCUUUUUUAUGUUUGAUAUCUUACUUACUGUACACUCUAGCGACUUGUUUGAUGUAAUUAGACAGGGAACUGUUGUUCUGAAACUAGAGUUUAGCCAGCGUGUACCUAACGAUGGAAUUUAUGUUAAUGUUUAUGCUGAAUAUGACUCUAUACUAUCUAUUGACCAAAACCGUACCCCAUAUCUUGAUACUAGUUGGUAA